GAAAGCAUUUGCCUUGAUAAGCAAUUUGAAUGGUGGCCCUUAUCCUGCUUUAGGAACUUCGGAAAUGGCUGCUUCCCUCUUCUUCUUCUCCCAAAAUCCAUUCAAAUCUCCUCAAAUUUCCCAUCCAAAGAUUAGUCUCUCUUCUCCCAAACCCACUCUCACACUCUUCACACCUCCGCCUUUCAUUUCAAACAAUGCCACUCGUCGUCUCUCCUGCAAGGCUCUCUCCACCAUCUCUCUCAACCCCAGCAACUACGAGUUCUCUGAUGCUUCUUCUGAGAUGGAGUUGAGAUUACAAUUAGGGGGCGGUGGUACAUUAAGUUCUAGAGACAUUUUUGUGGAUGCUGAAGACAGCUCCUUAAAAAUUGGUGUAAAACAGUCUGGGUCUUUCAUCACACUUGUUGAAAUUAAUAAAUUGUAUGAGAAGAUAAAGUCUUCUGAAACAAUAUGGUAUAUAGAUGAAGAUCAACUGGUUGUUAACUUGAAGAAGCAAGACCCAGAUUUGAAAUGGCCUGACAUUGUGGAGUCCUGGGAAUCUUUGACAGCAGGAGCUACGCAAUUGCUGAAAGGAACAUCAAUUUACAUUGUUGGGGAUUCAACUGAAAUUAAUGAUAAAGUUGCUAGGGAACUUGCUGUUGGUUUGGGGUAUACCCCACUUAAUACCAAGGAGUUAUUGGAAACAUUUGCCAAACAAUCCAUUGAUUCAUGGGUGACAGCUGAUGGGUCUGAGUCUGUAGCAGAAGCAGAAAGUGCUGUAUUAGAAAACCUAAGUAGUCAUGUCCGUGCUGUUAUUGCGACAUUAGGAGGACUGCAUGGAGCUGCUCGAAGAGCUGAUAAAUGGAGGCAUCUUUAUGCUGGAUUUACUGUCUGGCUGUCACAGUCUGAAGCCAUAGAUGAAGAGUCAGCAAAGGAGGAGGCCAGAAGGCACAUCCAAGAAGGCAGUCUAGGCUACUCAAAUGCAGAUGUUGUGGUCAAGCUUCAUGGUUGGGAUGCCGAUCAUGCUAAAACUGUGGCUCAAGCUUCCCUCAGUGCCCUUAAACAGCUAAUCAUGUCAGACAAGAAGCUUCCAGGUAAGAAGAGCCUCUACAUCAGGUUAGGAUGUCGGGGUGAUUGGCCAGAUAUCAAGCCUCCUGGAUGGGACCCAUCAACUGGAGCUGAGGUACCUACUGGUACUUUGUAGUAUUGAUCAUAGCAGAGUGAAAUGGGCAGAAUCAUGUUGAAUUUGUAGCCCUUAAUGUAGAUUUACAUGAAAAAAAAUUGAUUUGAAUUUGAUUGAAAUCCCAAGUUGUUCAUGUUUUUGUCUGCUAAAAAAAACAAGAAAGCUGUUCAUUUGGCUUUGGAUUCUUAA